GUAAUCGCGGAGGUCGCCGACGGCCUCGAGGGCGGCAUCCAGGCCAUCUACCUCGGCUCCCUCCUCGCCAUCCUGGGCUUCGCGGGCUUCAUCAUCGUGCGCCAGGUGCUGAUCCGCAGGGAGCUCGACGACAGCGCGAAGAAGAUGGGCGAGCGCAUCCGCGCGGGCAACGCCACCGCGGAGGAGUACUUCGAGAUGGGCUCGAUCAUGCUCCGCAAGAAGGUGUUCACGCAGGCGGUGCGCAACCUUAAGCUCGCGGCGCAGAUGUGGGAGGGAGACAAGGAGGACCUCGCUCAGAUUCACAACGCCCUCGGGUUCGGCUACCUCUCCACCGACAAGGUCGACGAGGCCAUCGCCGAGUUCAACAAGGCUGUCGAGCUCACGCCGGGGUACGUGACGGCGUGGAACAACCUGGGGGAUGCGCUGGAGCAGAAGAAGGAGUUCAAGGGUGCCAUCGAGGCUUACGAGGAGUCUCUCAUCCUGUCGCCCGGAAACAAGGUCGCCACCGUGCGCCUGGACGAGAUCAAGAGAAGGCAGGGG